AAAUCUUCGCUAUUUCCAGCAACGACUUCCGCGUGGGAACCAGCAUUGAGCUUGACGGAGCGCCAUGGAGAGUGCAAGAGUUUCUGCAUGUGAAGCCCGGCAAGGGAGCGGCGUUCGUGCGCACCAAGCUCCGCAACUUCAUCACCGGGAACACCGUGGAGCGAACCUUUCGCGCUGGCGAAUCGGUGGACGAAGCGAGUGUUGUGAAGGACGUGAAGCAGUUCACGUACCUUGACGGCGAGGACUUCGUCUUUAUGGACAUGGUGACGUAUGAGGAGACUCGGGUGACCAAGGCCCAACUGGGCGACAGAGUGAAGUUCCUUAAAGAGGGGACGGAGUGUAACGUGCUGACGUGGAACGACAAGGUGAUCGACCUGGAGCUCCCGAUCACGCUCAAAAUGAAGGUCGUGCAGGCCGACCCGGGCAUCAAGGGCGACACUGCUGGCGGAGUGAAGGUGGUGCUGGCCGACCCCGGCAUCAAGGGCGACACUGCUGGUGGAGGUGAGAGCGGAUGGGUGGAGUGA